UCUAAACGUAUCACGCCCCCACAAAACGGCCAUGCGGGACUAACUUCCUUUUCGCGAUGCUGUUGCUUUUAAUUCGAUUGCUGCUGGUGCGAGAUUCGGGCGCCUGCUGGUUUGCCUUGGCGAAUGCUGGCAUGGUCGCUCGCACCGAGCGAGUGCGAUCCUGAAGGGCGCGCACGGUUUGCGUGUGGGUUCUGGAGAUCGAGAUUUGAUCCUUAGGGUUUGGACGGAAUGGGCUCCGGGAAGGCCGUGGCGUCUCGCUUCGCCGUGGACUUGCACCCAUCAAUCAGAGAGCUUAAGGAGAAACAUCAAAGGGAUUUACAGAAUUUGACUUUGGCAACUCAACCAUUCAAGAUUUUGCAGCUAUUUGUGUUUGCUACACUAAAAUAUCUUAAACAGUGGCUUGUAUAUGUUUUAAAGAAAGGUGGUUGGAUUAUGGCUUUGACUUUCUUAUUAGCUGCUAUUGGUUUCAUUCUUGCAAAUGAUGAUAGCACCAGUGAGAAGCAUAUUCAAGAAUUACUUCGCUAUACAAGAUAUGUUUUGUGGUGGGUGACACUUGGUGUGGCAUCCUCGAUUGGGUUGGGAUCUGGUUUGCAUACAUUUGUCUUGUACUUGGGCCCCCAUAUUGCAUUUUUCACUAUCAAGGCUUUGAAGUGUGGUCGAGUAGAUCUCAAGACUGCUCCAUAUGAUACCAUACUGUUGAAAAGACGACCUUCGUGGCUUGAAAAGAAGUGUUCUGAGUUUGGACCACCAGUAUUUCCUUUAUCAUCUGGAACUUUAGUUAGGGUUCCAAUCAGCAACAUUCUCCCUCAUGUUCAGUUGGAAGCGGUUCUUUGGGGUUUGGGCACUGCUAUUGGAGAGCUUCCACCAUAUUUUAUCUCAAGAGCUGGUAAGUCACGCUUGUCUGGAAGCAAAAUGGAAAUGGAGGAACUGAGUGAAGCACCAUCAGAUGGGUUAAUUUCUGCUUCCCUGAGGCAAAUUAAGCGCUGGUUCUUCACUCAUUUCCAGCAUCUUAACUUUUUAACUGUUUUGAUACUUGCUUCAGUACCAAACCCUCUUUUUGAUCUUGCGGGUAUUAUGUGCGGGCAAUUUGGGAUCCCAUUUUGGAAAUUCUUCCUAGCAACCUUGAUUGGCAAGGCUUUGAUAAAGACUCAUAUUCAGACAGUAUUCAUUAUUUCUCUGUUCAAUAAUCAACUCUUGGAAUGGCUGGAGAAUGAGUUAAUACGGGUGGUUGGCCUUAUCCCUGGUUCUUCUUCUGCACUCCCUAGCCUGAUAGCCAAAUUACGGACGGCUCGGGAGAUGUAUUUGUCCAACCCCAUUCCCGAACCUUCUCUGCCUGAUGGAAUGGCACGGUGGUGGAACCUAUCAUUUACUAUGGUAUGGAAUACUGUGAUAUGGCUCAUGCUUGUGAACUUCUGUGUGAAAAUAGUUACUGCUACAGCAAUACGAUAUCUCAAGGAGGAGAAAGAAUUGGAGUUGACUAACAAGAAAAUGGCAUUAUGAGCAUAGAGUUGAAUCUUGCUACUCUUUACUAGUUUAUGAGCAUAGGUUCACUUUUCCACGUUAGAAGGAUACUAUUAUACAGGCUGGUAUUUGAUGGCAGGUUCUAUUUGCUCCCCUGCUCGAAAGUCAACCAGUUAUGCAUUCAGUUAGCGAGAACCUAGUUGUAAACGAAAAUUCUAAUUUUAACGAUUAUUUAUCCUUCAAGCAAGAGAUUGACCCUAGAGUUAUAGUUAUAUUUGAAUAAAAUUGCAACCUGUUCUUGUU